GAGGCAGCCAGCCAAUCACACGCGCGUUUGCGGCAGUGACGUCACGCGCCCCCAGAGUUCGCAGCGCCGUUUUUUUUGAGGAGAAGUUUAGAGAGAAGAUGAAGUCUUCUGCUUGAUUCCCGCUGAUUGAGUGCUCGGGUUUUCUUCGCGAUGCAGCAGUGGAGCUCCAGGAGUCUUCGGCACUGGCACGAGUUCGUCAACCAGGAGGUUUGUGUCACGACUCGAGACCGGCAGCGCUUCGAGGGACGCGUGUUCACGGUGGACCCCGUCUCUGCCAGCGUGGUUCUGCUGAGCGUCCAGGAGGGCGAGCGUCCGGCGGUGAGGGUCGUUCUGGGUCACGCGGUGACCGAUGUCCAGACGCUCGGGACGGGAUCGGAGGAAAGCGAGCGUCAGAUGAAGAGCGUCUUCCUGCCGGAGCGAGCGCAGGUCCUGAGCGAGGACGAGCUGAAGGCCCGGCGGGAGAGUCUGCGUCUGUGGCUGGAGAAGAACCGCGUGCCGGUGAGCGAGGACGGGGAGGUCCUGCGUGUGGCCGGCGCUCUGACCAUCAGCGCCCCCUACAGACCCGGAGACUGCAGCAGCUCCAACGAGAUCAUCCUGGCUCGGGUUCAGAGUCUGGUCCAGAAACACCAAGCCGUUUGAUUCACUGCGUGUUACAAUAAAAGAAUGCAUGAAC